AUGGACGGUAAUGUGCCAUACCCUCCAUACUCUCUGCCUCUCACGUCGUUUCCGAAUCAGGAAGAUAUGGAGGGAGAAUGGGAAGCACCGCUCAACCAGAAAGAAACAGAGGAGCAAUUGAAGGCAUUGCUGGAGAAUGUGCAGCACACUGCAGAGGUUUCACCGCCUGAACGGCGGUUGCAAACACCACCGGAUUUGAGGAUUGAGCUUUUGGAGCACCAAAAACUCGGACUGGAGUGGAUGCUGAAGAUGGAGCAAGGAACUAAUAAAGGAGGAAUCUUGGCCGAUGAUAUGGGCUUGGGCAAAACAAUCCAGAGCCUUUCCGUCAUUGUUUCCAAUAGGGGCGGCAGGUCGCAACCCACUCUCAUAAUAGCACCUGUGUCGCUGAUACUCCAGUGGGAGAAGGAAAUUGAAGAGAAAACAAAACCCAACACGCUACGUGUGCUCAUCUACUAUGGUUCAAAACGUGAGAGAAGUCACAACAGAAUCAGGACGUACGAUGUGGUAAUCACAAGUUAUUCGCUUGUCGCUCUCGAAUGGCCAAAGUCCCAAAAAAAAGAGAAAGAACAGUUGGAGAUGCUCAUGGACCGCAAUGCAAGGCAGGCGAUGGACGAUGCAGAAUACGAGAAAGAGCGCCAGGAUGACGAAUCGGAAGAAAUCACGCUGCGGAAAUCUGCCGGGCCACUCUUUAAAAUUAAAUGGUGGAGGGUGAUACUUGAUGAAGCGCAUGUGAUUAAAAACAAAAGGACCCGUGGUGCAAAAGCUUGCCAACAACUGGAUGCUCAAUAUCGCUGGUGUCUCACCGGAACUCCAAUUCAGAAUAAUAUUGGUGAAUUGUACAGUCUUGUGUUUUUCCUUAAAAUCAAGCCUUUUUGCGAAUGGACUGAGUUCAAGAAAAAAAUAGAACAACCAUUUAAACGGGGUCGACAUAAGCGUGCCAUAGCCCGCGUGCAAGGCCUUUUGCAAGCAAUCUGUUUGCGCCGCACCAAGAAGUGCAUGAUAGACGGUCGACCGAUUAUUCAACUUCCGGAACGAAACACGAACCACAUUGAAAUUGACUUUACAGCAGCUGAACGCGAUUUCUACAGAUCUCUUGAGGACCGCGUACAGCUGCGGUUUAAUGCAUAUUUGCGUGCAGGAACCGUGAUGAAGAAUUAUACCAACAUCCUGGUUUUGCUGCUAAGACUAAGACAAGCAUGCUGCCAUCCUUCACUCGUCGCUAAGGAUUUUGAAGCAGCUGACCCGGCCGACGCAAUGGCGGCUACGACGCAAGAAGAUCACUAUCAUCAAAUAUUUGCACGAUUUGAUCCGGAAGUCAAGAAUCGGCUUCUGGCGGCUGAUUUUGAUCAAGAAUGCAUAAUUUGCCUUGAUGCUAUGACAGAUGCUGUUUUCAGCAGCUGUGGCCAUGCUUUUUGCAGGGAGUGUUUGACGGAGGCAGUAACGAGUCAAGCUCGAUUGGCCGGCGAUAGACGCUGUCCUACCUGCCGAGCAGCGAUAGACUUGGAUGCUCUUGUGCCAGUUUCAUUCUACCGAAAGACCUUCCGGAGAGAAGAAGGAACCAAUGGCAAAGGCAAGGAACCCGCCAAGAACGGGCUGUUCGACGAGGAUUUUGACAACGACUUUUUUGCGCCUGAUCCGGAGGAAAAGGGGCUCACCAGCAGCAAGAUUGAGGAGAUGCUACGUAUUUUGGACCAAGCUAAAAAAGAGGCACCUGAAGAUAAGACAAUCGUGUUCUCGCAGUUCACGACAAUGCUUGAUCUUUGCGAGGAUGCAUUACGCAGGAAGGGAUACAAGUUCACUCGAUAUGACGGCACAAUGAGCGCUGACCAACGUGAUGCAUCCCUCAACAAACUAAAGAACGGCGCUCAGACUACAAUUCUUCUGGUCAGUCUGAAAUGUGGUAGUUUGGGCCUGAACCUGACAUGUGCAAAUCGGGUUAUCUUAUUGGAUGCCUGGUGGAAUCCAGCUGUAGAAAAUCAGGCAAUUGACCGCGUUCAUCGCUUUGGACAACUAAAAGCUGUCCAUGUUCACCGCAUUACCAUUAAAAAGACCAUUGAAAACCGGAUUCUGGCCCUGCAAGACAAGAAGCAACAACUUUUUGAAGCGGCCUUGGGCGAAGGCACUAGUGCAUUUGGAAAGGGCGGACGGUUGACUUUGGGCGAUUUGAUGACAUUAUUCAACGUUGAAGUUGACAGUGACUGA